CAAGAAAGCAAAGGGAAGAACAAAAACUUUGCUACUUCCCACACCACCCGAUAUACAAACUCCAACUCCAUACGCUUUACCCUCACAGAUAUUUCCCUCUCAAUCGAAAAAACCAAAAAACGCCAUUAAAAUUCGAAACCCAUUUUCUCACUCUUAUCAGCAAAGCGACACUCAGGACACCACAGAAAAAUGGAGGGAGCAACUCUGCUUCGCUCUUCUCUCGCCUGCAACAGACUCUUCUUCUCCUUCCGCUCUGCUCGCCGCCUCUCUGGUUUCGCCUUACCCUCAUCUCGUUCUUCGUCGUCUUCUUCAGCUUCUGCUAUCAGAAACCACCGCCACCGUCGGAUUUUGAACCCCAGCAGGCGCUCCCCGCUCCGCCGCAGCAGCAGAUUGCUCCCCUCCUCUGCCCCCAACUCCGCUAGAAGAAGCUUCUCAUCCCUCGCCCCACGCGCAAUCGCCACCCCCUUCACUCAGUCUCCUUCAGAGUUUUCUGGGGUGGAGGAUGAAGUUGUGGAGAAACUCGGAUUCGAAAAGGUCUCCGAAGAGUUCAUUGGAGAGUGUAAAUCCAAAGCUUUGCUUUUCAGGCACAAAAAGACCGGUGCCCAAGUCAUUUCCGUGUCCAACGACGACGAGAAUAAGGUGUUCGGCAUUGUUUUCCGGACCCCGCCGAAUGAUUCCACUGGGAUUCCACACAUACUGGAACAUAGUGUAUUGUGUGGGUCUAGAAAGUACCCUUUGAAAGAACCAUUUGUUGAAUUGUUGAAAGGAAGCUUGAACACUUUUCUGAAUGCAUUCACAUAUCCUGAUAGGACUUGCUAUCCAGUUGCUUCCACAAAUACAAAGGAUUUCUAUAACCUUGUUGAUGUAUAUCUGGAUGCUGUCUUCUUUCCUAAAUGUGUGGAGGACUUCCGGACUUUCCAGCAGGAGGGUUGGCAUUAUGAGCUCAAUGAUCCUUCCGAAGAUAUAUCUUAUAAAGGAGUUGUUUUCAAUGAGAUGAAGGGGGUCUAUUCCCAGCCUGAUAAUAUACUUGGGCGGGCUUCUCAACAGGCUCUUUUUCCAGACAAUACCUAUGGUGUUGACAGUGGAGGUGAUCCCAAAGUCAUUCCAAAACUGAAAUUUGAGGAAUUCAAGGAGUUCCAUCGUAAAUAUUACCACCCCAGCAAUGCCAGGAUCUGGUUUUACGGAGAUGAUGAUCCAACCGAGCGCCUGCGCAUUUUGAGUGAGUACCUAGAUAUGUUUGAUGCAAGUUCAUCUCCAAAUGAAUCAAGGAUUCAAGCUCAAAAACUAUUUUCAGAACCAAUUAGGAUUUCUGAGAAAUAUCCUGCUGGUGAAGGUGGUGAUUUAAGGAAGAAAAACAUGGUAUGCCUCAACUGGUUGCUCUCUGACAAGCCCCUAGACUUGGAGACUGAGCUUACACUUGGGUUUCUGGAUCAUCUUAUGUUGGGAACGCCUGCUUCUCCAUUGAGGAAAAUCUUACUGGAGAGUGGCUUGGGAGAGGCCAUAGUUGGUGGUGGGGUUGAAGAUGAGCUCCUUCAACCUCAAUUUAGUAUUGGGUUGAAGGGUGUUUCAGAAGAUGACAUUCAAAAGGUAGAAGAAGUAGUCAUGAGUACACUUAAAAAAUUAGCGGAGGAAGGCUUUGAUACAGAUGCUGUAGAAGCAUCCAUGAAUACGAUUGAGUUCUCUCUCAGGGAAAACAACACGGGAUCAUUUCCUCGUGGCUUGUCCCUAAUGCUCCGAUCCAUGGGUAAAUGGAUAUAUGAUAUGGAUCCCUUUGAGCCAUUAAAGUAUGAGAAACCUUUGCUGGCACUGAAAGCCAGAAUAGAAGCGGAAGGCUCUAAAGCUGUUUUCUCUCCCUUAAUAGAGAAAUUCAUUUUGAACAAUCGCCAUCGAGUUGUGGUAGAAAUGCAGCCUGAUCCAGAAAAAGCUUCUCGUGAUGAGGAGGCUGAAAAACAAAUUUUGGAGAAAGUUAAAGCUGGUAUGACAGAAGAAGAUCUUGCUGAGCUAGCACGUGCUACACAGGAGCUGCGACUGAGGCAGGAAACUCCUGAUCCACCAGAAGCUUUGAGAAGUGUUCCAAGCCUUUCUCUGCAAGACAUUCCUAAGGAACCUACUCGUGUUCCCACAGAGGUUGGCGAUAUCAAUGGCGUGAAAGUUUUGCAGCAUGACCUCUUUACAAAUGAUGUACUGUACACAGAAGUUGUGUUCAAUAUGAGUUCACUAAAGCAAGAGCUUCUUCCUUUGGUACCUCUUUUUUGCCAAUCAUUGCUUGAGAUGGGUACAAAAGACUUGAGUUUUGUGCAACUUAAUCAGUUGAUUGGGAGGAAAACUGGAGGAAUAUCAGUUUAUCCAAUGACAUCAUCUGUACGUGGCAAGGAAGAUCCCUGCAGCCAUAUAAUUGUUCGAGGCAAAGCCAUGGCAGGACGUGCUGAUGACCUAUUUCACCUGUUCAACUGUGUUCUUCAAGAAGUCCAAUUUACAGACCAGCAGCGGUUUAAGCAAUUUGUUUCCCAAAGCAAAGCCAGAAUGGAGAACCGAUUGAGAGGUAGUGGUCAUGGAAUUGCUGCUGCAAGGAUGGAUGCAAAGCUAAAUGUCGCUGGGUGGAUUUCUGAACAAAUGGGUGGUGUCAGUUACUUGGAGUUUCUACAAGCUCUUGAAGAGAAAGUUGAUCAAGAUUGGGAUGGAAUUUCUUCAUCUCUCGAGGAGAUUCGCAAAUCCUUACUUUCUAGGAAUGGUUGCAUAGUUAAUAUGACUGCUGAAGGGAAGAAUCUUACCAACUCUGAGAAGUUUGUUAGCAAAUUUCUUGAUUUGCUGCCUAGCAACUCUCCCGUUGCUACUUCUACUUGGAAUGCUCGACUACCUUCGUCAAAUGAAGCCAUUGUUAUACCUACUCAGGUUAAUUAUGUUGGAAAAGCUGCUAACGUUUACGACACUGGUUAUCAGCUUAAUGGGAGUGCGUAUGUUAUCUCCAAAUACAUUAGUAAUACAUGGUUGUGGGAUCGUGUUAGAGUUAGUGGUGGGGCAUAUGGAGGCUUUUGUGACUUUGAUAGUCACUCAGGAGUAUUCUCCUUCUUAUCUUAUCGCGACCCCAACUUGUUAAAGACACUUGGUGUAUAUGAUGGAACUGGGGAUUUUCUCCGACAAUUAGAAAUGGAUGAUGAAACUCUUACAAAGUCCAUUAUUGGGACAAUUGGCGAUGUUGAUUCGUACCAGCUUCCUGAUGCCAAAGGUUAUAGUAGUUUGUUGCGGCAUUUACUGGGAGUCACAGAAGAAGAAAGGCAAAGGAGACGAGAAGAGAUAUUGUCAACAAGUGUGAAGGACUUCAAGGAAUUUGCAGAGGCAAUUGAUGCGGUAAAAAACAAAGGGGUUGUGGUUGCAGUGGCAUCUCCAGAUGACGUUGAAGCAGCACAAAAGGAGCAAAACAACUUCUUUGAAGUAAAGAAAGCCCUCUAAGCCCACCCAGAAAAUGCUACAGAUAUAGGCUUUCCUGAAACACUAUUCCCCCAUUAUACAGCAAGGGACGCUCAAUUUAUUGUUCCAUUUUUACCCCGUUUUACACAAAGCAAUACAUACAAUGCAGUCAUAUUAGAUUAGCAAAGAUAUUUUGAAGCAGUGUACCACCAAUUCUUUUGACCCCUUAAAUGUGAGUUAAAAGUCUUCAUUUUCCGUCUC